AAACGUCUUUUCAGAAACAUGAAGCUCCACAACAAGAUUCAACUUCUGCAGUUCUGCUCCUCUCUUCUCUACUUUAUAUUUGUGGCGCUGGGGCUCAGUGUGGCCGGAUGUGGACUCUGGAUCCUCUUUGACUCAAGCAGCUUCAUCCAUGUGGUCUCCUCAGGCGACAUGCAGUUCGUUGCUGUGGUUCUCCUUGCUGUGGGGGUGGUGGUCCUUGUGGUCAGUGGCCUCGGGAUUGUGGGCGCUCAGAGAGAGAGCCGUCUACUGCUGCUGCUGGUGGCGUGUUUCUUGGUGAUUUUGGUUCUGGCUCAGAUCUUUGUCACAUUUCUGCUCCUCAUCAACAAAGACAAGAUUUCUAAAACUCUGACAGAGAAUGUGGACUCACUCAUACAGAAGUAUCCAGAGAACGAGCACCGCCUGCUGGACAACAUGCAGCACUAUGCGAAGUGCUGUGGGCGGAUGGGGCCUUCUGACUGGCAGAGUAAUCAGUUUGUGGUUUGUUUAAACCAAUCAGAGGCUGCAGUGCUGCCGUGCUCCUGUUUCAGCUCCAACAGACAAAGCCCCAGCUCCUUCUGCACCUGGAAUCAAACCCUCACCUCCAACAUCAUCCUAUACCAGCCGGCCAAUAGCACCUACAACCAGGGCUGUGAGGUGGCACUUCGUGUUUGGCUGAAGGAGAAUGUUCUGACCAUUGUGGGAAUGGACCUGUGCCUCAUCUUCCUCCAGGUUCUUCUCUUGGCUAUGGUGGUGGCUCUAUGGCGCAGUUUCGGUGCCAAAGCUUCAGUGAAGAGUUCUAAUCCAGAUCAAACUGAGUCAGAUCUGUACCAAAACCAGGUGUACAGUGACCAGGACCUGCUAUACCAAGAACUAGACCAGGGACUGGUCCAGGAAGUAGACCACAGGGUUUAUCAAAAACCCUAUGAAGGCCCCUAUGAUGGACCCCAUGGAGGACCCUACGAUGGACCCUACAAUGGACCCUAUGAUUGACCCUAAUAAGGACCUUAUGAUGGACCCUAAGAAGGCCCCUACCCAGACCAGUUCUACACCCAAUACUAUGAAUGAGAUGCUUGUUCCUGGUUUGGUUUAGAAUCGUCUGAAAUUUUUUGCUGAUGAUUUUUAAAUGAAAUAAGUCUGAUUAUUAAAAAUGUUACUGUCAAAUAAAC